GCUAUUUGAGAAAGAAAGUAACCUAACACUAAGUGCAGGCGGGGCAGGGUGAUGUAACAGGAAGCUGUGAUGUUUCCCUUCUGCUGCUGAUCGCUUACAAUCUGACAACACUCCCCAUCUACCCAGAACAAGCCCUCUCUUCGCAGCGGUGCACUUAGGACCUUAGGACCGUCUGGCUCUGUUGCCUGAACCUCACUGCCUGCAGGACCACAUUGCAAAGCUUUGAGUCUUCCACACCUCAUCUCCGGGGAACUCUUCUGCGGUAUCUCAGAAAAUCAAACUCCCUCCUGAGACUAUUCACACAGAAUUUCCUUAGGAGCUGUGCCGGGGGCCCUAUGAUGAUACAUCAACAUCUUGUGCUAUCAACUGUCAAAACUUUGGAUGGUCUAACACUCAGGUCAUGACCCUUGUAAUUAAGAAAUUCUUGAAGACAAUAUUGAGCAUGAUUCAGGAGAAAAUGUGAUUUGAGUCUGGAGACAAUUGUGCAUGUACUUUUUCUUAAGAUCUUAAAAAAGAAAUCCAGGGUUGUGGGUUGCUGAUUGAUAGAAGAGAAACAGUAUUCAGAAGAUUGCUUAUGAUUGACAAGAACAGCUGCUGUAGCUACCUAGCUUGAACAUACAGCACAUUUCAUUUGGACUCUAAUGAUGGAUAAAAAGCAUAUACUAUGUUUUCUGUUUCUCUUGCUUCUUAAUAUGGCUCUUGUCUCAGCAGAGUCGGAAGAAGGCGGGAACCAAACAGAGUUGGGAGUCACCAGAAACAAGAUCAUGACGGCUCAAUAUGAAUGUUACCAGAAGAUUAUGCAGGAUCCCAUUCAACAAGCAGAAGGUCUUUUCUGCAACAGAACCUGGGAUGGAUGGCUAUGCUGGAAUGACGUUGCAGCAGGGACUGAGUCGAUGCAGUACUGCCCUGAUUACUUUCAGGAUUUUGAUCCUUCAGAGAAAGUUACAAAGAUCUGUGACCAAGACGGACACUGGUUUCGACAUCCAGAUAGUAACAGAACAUGGACCAACUACACCCUGUGUAAUAACAGCACGCAUGAGAAAGUGAAGACAGCACUGAAUCUUUUCUACCUAACUAUAAUUGGGCAUGGAUUAUCUAUUGCAUCUCUGAUCAUCUCUCUCAUCAUAUUUUUUUACUUCAAGAGCCUAAGUUGCCAACGGAUUACAUUGCAUAAAAACCUGUUCUUUUCAUUUGUUUGUAAUUCGAUUGUAACAAUCAUUCACCUCACGGCAGUGGCUAACAACCAGGCCUUAGUGGCCACAAAUCCUGUGAGCUGCAAAGUGUCUCAGUUCAUUCAUCUUUACCUGAUGGGCUGUAACUACUUUUGGAUGCUCUGUGAAGGCAUUUAUCUGCACACACUCAUCGUGGUGGCUGUGUUUGCGGAGAAGCAGCACUUGAUGUGGUAUUAUUUUCUUGGCUGGGGGUUUCCUCUGGUUCCUGCCUGCAUCCAUGCCAUUGCCAGAAGCUUGUAUUACAAUGACAAUUGCUGGAUCAGCUCAGACACUCAUCUCCUGUACAUUAUCCACGGUCCGAUUUGUGCAGCUUUGUUGGUAAAUCUCUUUUUCCUAUUAAAUAUUGUACGUGUUCUCAUCACCAAGUUGAAAGUCACACACCAAGCGGAAUCCAAUCUCUACAUGAAAGCCGUAAGAGCUACCCUCAUCCUGGUCCCACUACUUGGCAUUGAAUUUGUGCUUUUUCCAUGGCGGCCUGAAGGAAAGGUUGCUGAGGAGGUGUAUGACUAUGUCAUGCACAUUCUGAUGCACUAUCAGGGUCUUCUGGUGUCUACAAUUUUCUGCUUCUUCAAUGGAGAGGUCCAAGCAAUUCUGAGAAGAAAUUGGAACCAGUAUAAAAUACAAUUUGGAAAUGGCUUUUCCCACUCUGAUGCUCUCCGAAGUGCAUCCUACACAGUGUCAACAAUCAGUGACAUGCAAGGGUACAGCCAUGACUGCCCCACUGAACACUUAAAUGGAAAAAGCAUUCAGGAUAUUGAAAGUGUUGCCUUAAAACCAGAAAAAAUGUAUGAUCUAGUGAUGUGAAAAUACAGAAAUCACACCUGUUUUGUGUCACUUGAACCCAUGAUUUUAUAGCCAGAAGAUUGGAUAGCCAGCAGAUGGAUUUUUUGAAUAUCAUGAAGAAAGCCCUCAAGUGAAAUGGGAAUUGUGUGGAUAAAUGUUUAACAACCCUCUCUCUAUGCGGGAGAAAAGCCUCAAUUUAUAUUGCUGGGCAGUAAAUACUCCUAGUAUAGCUGAUUUAAACUUACCAACCUGACAUCACUGAAUGUGGAAUUGGAAAGAAAAGAAGCACAAUCAACUCUUGGGAGUUGACAUGCUCUGGAACAUGCACAACACUGCAUGCUCUCACAGACGGAUACCUGUGCACACUCACGCCCACACUGACCAGAACUCUGCUCUUCUCCUCUGAGGAGACCUCGCUCAGUCUUAUAGACAUGAAAGGAAAGUUUGGUUUUUGUUUUAAAACUCCUCGUCCUUUUCUCAUUUGGUGGUAGUGAAUAGUUUGUCCAGAAACACUUUAACCCUCUUUAUAUCUUCUCCUGUAGACUAGACAAAGAGUUCAUUAUCUCUGUCAUCUCAUGUUCCUUUCUUUAAGAGAAGCAACUGAGCAGAAUUCCCAUGGGCUUCUCAGUUGCUGCUAUAUGUUGUUGUAUUCUGUGGCAUAUUCUUUCUGAAUCACUAGGGAGGCAUAUUGGUAGAAGCUACAAACAUUUUGCCAACUGCUUUUUUCUCUCUCUUUCUCUAAAUCUUACUUCAGGAGUAGGAGGAAAUCAGUUUUCCUGAAUCUGUAAAUAGAAACUUUGGCAUUUCCAUUUCUACCGUGUAGAUAAGUGAUGAACCAUUUUACAUGAAGGGAAUCAAUGAAGGAUUUCUUUUUAUCUUGGGAAUCAGAGAGAGAGAGAGAGAGAGAGAGAGAGAGAGAGAGAGAGAGAGAGGAGGUUGUUGUACAAAUGAAACUGUAAGUACUCUGUCAUUUUAUUUUAUUGUUUCAAUUCAAAACACAACCUAGGUAACUGUUUUAAAGCAGAUAGAUAAUGCAACAUUAUAUGCAACUUAGUAUCUGAUACUGUGUCUGGGCUGAUUUAUUUUAUAGUAAAAUAGAGUCAUGAAUUCUAAAGUUCAUAAAUAUUUUAAGGACAAACAGAUACCAGCAUCAGAAGUUUGAGAACUAAAAACAAACCCCAGAAAUAUCAAUGAUAGGAUAUGAAAUAUUUAUUUAAAAAUUCAAAGCCAUAAUUUUACAAGCAUGUUAUCUUUGGUGUACUGACUUAUUGCUUCUUCCAAUUUGAUGAUGACUCUUUCAAAUUCAGAAAUUAUGAACAACUACUGUAAGAAAUGCUAGCCUGCUACCUUUGUGGACUUUAAUUCACUAAAAUAUAGCUUUACUGACUUUACUAAAUGAAGAAUAUGGUUUUGAAAAAGAACCAGGCUAAUUUUUUUUAUGAACCACAGAGGAAUUUUCUCUAUAUAAUAUACACUGUUUCAGUAUUUCAGUAGACUACUGUGGGUGGUAAUUACUGUGAGUGGUAAUACAAGCCAUGGGAAGACUCAAACUUACCAUACAUUGAGGAUAAGACAGAAGAAAGCUUUGCUUGUGAGUUAAAGUGACAUUUUAAAUGGAUUUAGUUUUUCUAAUAUUGCUUUGUCUGGACUUUCUGAAGUGCAAGACUGACUUCAGUUAGUAAAAGUCAGUUUGGGGACAGUCACAUGAAUCCAUGUUUUUUGAAGUGUGUCCGUCAGCUUACAGUGGAUGAAAGGAAUGACUCAGUCCUCACUCAUUAUAUCUUAAGCUACAAUAGAUAGUAUUGUUUGAAACUGUCAAGGAAAAUAAUUCAAAUUAUCAAGCACUGACGUAUUAGAUGUUCUAACAGACAUAUUUGUAAUUUAUCUAUAUAGGCAAAGGUGUUACUAAGUUACUUUAAACUUUGUGGAUUUCAUGCAAACCAUCAUUAAAAAAAACUCAGGCCGUUCUGAACUUUCAACUGCCUAACCUGUACAAACCUUCCUUUUAAUACAUUCAAAUUUUAGCUAUUUAUUAUUCCAAGGUAUAGAUUCAUAUCUUAACUGACAGUGUUUAUGUAAUUCUGCAUUCUUCCAAAUAAACUGUCGAGUGUUAACAAUAAAUGAUAGUACAGAAUGCUGAAUUAUCAGAGAAAAUCUUUAAAAGGUAUUGUAAUUUUAAAUUUUAUUAUUCUUUUAUCAUAUUGAGCAUAGCUGAAAUUUCUUCACUGCCAAUAUCUACUGUGGUGUCAUUCUCAGCCAUAGCGGUCUGAGAUUAGUCAGUAUUAGUUUUGUAAUAAUACUUUUGAAGCUAGAUUUCUUUAAAGCUGAAGUGCCAAUUAAAUAUUCCUAUAUUGCUUGUAGAAAAAAAAAACCCUGAAAUUUCUGAAAGAAAACUUCUCUGGUGCCUAAAAACUAACUUGGGGGAAUUUUUAGCUUUUAAAAGUUGCAUCUAUCAUUUUUCUAUAAUUAUUUGUUAGAGUCAUGGCUGACAUUUUUAGAAAUGACUUUGUAUUUUUUUUGUUGAUAAAUCAUCCAUCCUGGAGUUUAGUGUUUGUUCAAAUAUGACAAACUGUGUAGAGUUUAGUAGUAGUCACAGUGUUAAUACUUACUGUUUAGAUAUUUUAAUGUGAAUCUACUUUAAUUUCCUUUGUGUUUUAAUUUGCUCAUAGGAACAUUAUCUGUAAGACAUAUUCAAGAUGUUCUGGUCAUUUAAAAGAACUCAUGUUGUAUCAACUUAAAAUCUCUACUUAGGUUUUAUGAAAAUAUUAAAGUUGUAAGUUAACAUUCAUUUUUUACUCACCUUCCCUGGAGUACAGAGUAAUUGAAUUUCUCACAAAAUUCUUGCAGCAAUUAAAGAAAUACUUUGCAAAAUAAAUGAUGAUGUCUUUAUUCCUCUUUUUAAAGACUUCAAUAAACUAGUAAGUGAAUUUAAUAAAUUAAUUUAAAAAGA